UGUGAGGCCUCGGCCCGGCUGCCCUCGGAUCCCUUGCCCGCUCUCCACACGGGCCUGCGCCCGCUGCCGCCGCCCCCAGCUCACCCGGAGGAGCCAGGGCAGCCGCGCCCUUCUGCUUUGUGCCCGUGUGGCCGCCGCCGCCCCUCGGAAUCCUCCGGGGCCGCCGAGGAGUUAGCUACGGAGGGAGGUGGGGGCCUUCGGGAGGAGGAGGCGGAGGAGGCGGAGGAGGAGGGAAGGAAGAUGGCGGCCGUGGAACUAGAGUGGAUCCCAGAGACCCUCUAUAACACCGCCAUCUCCGCUGUCGUGGACAACUACAUCCGCUCACGCCGAGACAUCCGCUCCUUACCCGAGAACAUUCAGUUCGAUGUUUACUAUAAGCUGUACCAACAGGGACGCUUAUGUCAACUGGGCAGUGAAUUUUGUGAAUUGGAAGUUUUUGCUAAAGUAUUGAGAGCUUUGGAUAAAAGACAUUUGCUUCAUCAUUGUUUCCAGGCUUUGAUGGAUCAUGGUGUGAAAGUUGCUUCAGUCUUAGCCUACUCAUUCAGUAGACGGUGCUCUUACAUAGCAGAAUCAGAUGCUGCAGUAAAGGAAAAAGCCAUUCAGGUUGGCUUUGUUUUAGGUGGCUUUCUUUCAGAUGCAGGCUGGUACAGUGAUGCUGAGAAAGUUUUCCUGUCUUGCCUUCAGUUGUGUACUCUACAUGAUGAGAUGCUUCAUUGGUUUCGUGCAGUAGAAUGUUGUGUGAGAUUGCUUCAUGUGCGAAAUGGAAACUGCAAAUAUCAUUUGGGUGAAGAAACAUUUAAGUUAGCUCAGACAUACAUGGAUAAACUCUCAAAACAUGGCCAGCAAGCAAACAGAGCUGCGCUCUAUGGAGAACUGUGUGCACUCCUAUUUGCAAAAAGUCACUAUGAUGAGGCAUACAAAUGGUGCAUUGAGGCAAUGAAAGAAAUCACAACAGGCUUACCAGUCAAAGUCGUGGUGGAUGUUUUAAGACAAGCUUCUAAGGCUUGUGUUGUAAAACGUGAAUUUAAGAAGGCAGAACAGUUAAUUAAGCAUGCAGUGUAUUUGGCACGGGAUCAUUUUGGAUCCAAACACCCAAAAUAUUCUGAUACACUGCUAGAUUAUGGGUUCUACUUACUCAAUGUAGAUAAUAUCUGUCAGUCUGUUGCAAUUUAUCAGGCAGCCCUUGACAUUCGGCAGUCAGUGUUUGGUGGCAAAAAUAUCCAUGUAGCAACAGCUCAUGAAGACUUGGCUUAUUCUUCUUAUGUUCACCAGUAUAGCUCUGGGAAAUUUGACAAUGCACUAUUUCAUGCAGAAAGAGCUAUUGGUAUCAUUACCCACAUCCUACCUGAAGAUCAUCUUCUUUUGGCUUCUUCAAAGAGGGUGAAAGCACUUAUUUUAGAGGAGAUUGCAAUUGACUGUCAUAAUAAAGAAACUGAACAGAGGUUGCUUCAAGAAGCUCAUGAUUUGCACCUGUCUUCACUCCAGCUAGCUAAAAAAGCUUUUGGGGAAUUUAAUGUACAGACUGCAAAACACUACGGAAACCUUGGAAGACUUUAUCAGUCAAUGAGAAAAUUUAAGGAAGCGGAAGAAAUGCACAUCAAAGCAAUUCAGAUUAAAGAGCAACUUCUUGGUCAAGAAGAUUAUGAAGUAGCCCUUUCAGUGGGACAUCUGGCUUCUUUAUACAAUUAUGACAUGAAUCAGUAUGAAAAUGCUGAGAAACUUUAUUUGCGAUCUAUAGCAAUUGGGAAGAAACUUUUUGGUGAAGGCUACAGUGGACUAGAAUAUGAUUACCGAGGUCUCAUUAAACUUUACAACUCCGUUGGAAAUUACGAGAAAGUGUUUGAAUAUCACAAUGUUCUGUCUAACUGGAACCGGCUGCGAGAUCGGCAGUAUUCAGUGACCGAUGCUCUUGAAGAUGUCAACACCAGCCCCCAGUCCACUGAAGAAGUGGUGCAGUCCUUCCUGAUUUCUCAGAAUGUUGAGGGACCGAGCUGUUGAGGGAGGACCUCAGUUAACUAAUUUACCUUUUCCCAGAUUCCAGGGAAUUCAUACUGUGAAAUCAAAACCAUGUUGUUUUUUGGGGCUGGAAUUUGCAUUGAAACACUGGUCCAGUCCAUUGACCCUAUUUGGGUGAUCCCUAUCUUGCAGAGUGUCCGUAGGAAUAAGCAUAUAUUCAGUUAUAUUCAGCAUGUACCGCAUGUAUAAGUAAUCUGGCCCAUAUUUUCAACCUAGUAGAACAAACAACAGGAAUUUUUUUUUCUUUUUAAAAAAUAAUUCAUUUUGCAGAAAGCCUGAAAGAAAAAAAGAACCCCUAAAUAAAACUAUUUAAGAGUUUAAAA